AUGUCUUCAACAGCAAUCCUCAAGCCUAGCCCGGCAGCCUCGCGCUUUGUAGCCCCCACAACGCCUUUGCGACCCUCGUCGGCACCUUCGACACCACAAAAGUCACAGCCACAGCAACCACCCACCAAGGUCGACACUCCUGGGACCUGGCGUCACCCCAACAUGGACGCCAUCAAUCGUCGCAAGAAUGCCUCGACCUUUACCUCUGACAACGCGCACGCCAUCAUAGUCAAUGCCGUUGCUCUGCUAGCAUUCUUGCUUGCUCCUAGCAUGCUCUCCAGCNUAGUAAGAUUGGCUUCAGCUCUCAGCUCGCGCACCCAUGACUUACUCUCCUACAGCACUCCCACAGCAUUGACUGCUUUCCUCCAAUCCAUGGAUCCAUAUGCAACCUGGGCUUCUAUCCUCGUCCGCUGCAUUCCUGUCAUCAACAUCUCGCUCGCCCUCAUGCCGCUCUUCCGCCCCGUCGACGAAAUGACAGACAUCCCUCUCACCAGAGAGCAACGCCAACUCCUCGGCCUGACCCCCCAGAACGUACCUUUGCCUGCUGGAUCCCCUGGCUAUGUUACUCCUCCCAGAUACUCCCGUUCCUCUACACCACGCUCUAGUGCUCAGAGACACGCCUCGGCCUCUCCCAUGUCGCACAAGGCUAGCCCCUCUUCAUUCGAUCAAAGCACCCUGGGUGUCAGCAGAGGUCCCUCUGGUAGCCCCUUUUCUGUCAGCCCGCUGAUGCAAAAGGCCGUAGGAGGUGCUACGGCUGCAAGAACGUCUUCGCCCUUGGACAACAGCUUGGGAAGUAGUUCGUCAGGUCUGGCCACUGGAAAGGCAACUGUCUCGCUGAACAGCAAGUGGCUGUACGAGAGAGGAAAGGGCAGCCCCAAUGGUGGAAGAGCCGUCUUCUCGUGA